AUGUCGCCUUCUCCCUAUCGCAUCGCUGUGCCCGAGUCUUGUCUGGAGGAUCUUCGUAAAAGACUUGACCUCGCCACCUUCCCUGACGAGCUAGAAGACGCCGAGUGGGCUUACGGAAGCCCUCUGGCUGAUAUCAAAAGGCUCACAUCGCACUGGCGAAACGCCUUCGAUUGGAGGAAGGCAGAGGCAAAGCUCAACGAGCUGCCCAAUUUCAAGACGAAUGUCACCGUUGAUGGCUUUGGGGAUAUCGAGCUACAUUUCUUGCACCAGCCGAGUUCUGCGUCAGAUGCUAUUCCUCUGCUCUUCGUUCAUGGCUGGCCUGGCAGCUAUGUAGAGGUGACCAAAAUGCUUAGUAGCCUAUCAGGAGACGUCAACGAUGUCAAAUUCCACGUCGUUGCACCUUCUCUACCAAACUUCGGAUGGAGCGCAGGUCAGUGUAUCAAGAAGAAAGGAUUUGGACUUGGCCAGUAUGCUGAGGCAUGUCACCGUCUCAUGCAGCUUCUCGGGUACAACACAUACGUCACCCAAGGCGGCGAUUGGGGAAUGUACAUCACCCGCAGCAUAGGCCUUCUCUACCCGGAAUCUUGCCUAGCUUCCCAUAUCAACAUGGUCCGGGCAUCCCCCCCAGAGUUUUCUACACAUCCGCUCCUCGCUCUUCAACAUGCUGUGACCCCAUAUACCGAAGACGAGAUACAAGGGCGCUCCAGGAGUGAUUGGUUUGCUAACGAGGGCAGUGGCUACAGGUCAAUCCAGAGUACUAAGCCUCAGACUGUCGGUUACGCGCUUGCCGACAGCCCUGUAGCCUUACUCGCUUGGAUUUAUGAGAAACUUCAUGACUGGACAGACAGCUACCUGUGGACUGAUGAUGAGAUAUUGACAUGGAUCUCGAUCUAUUGGUUCUCAAAAGCCGGCGCCGCUGCCUCUUUACGCAUUUACUACGAGGCUACACAUAGCUCAGCCGAGGCUACUCGUGAACGCGUCCAGCGCUACAUUGAACGAGUCAAGCUCGGAUUGUGUUAUGCUCCAAAGGAGCUCACUAUCGUUCCCCGGACCUGGGGAAGAACUCUCGGUCCAGUUGUUUUCGAGAGCGAGAAGAAAAGCGGAGGUCACUUCCUCGCAUAUGAACAGCCAGAAGAAAUCGUCGCUGACCUUCGAGCCAUGUUCGGUUCUGGAGGCCCUUGCCAUAAUAUACUCAAGUCCUAG